GCUUUGUUUUUAUGCUUGAGGUUCAGUUUUAGAUGUUUUGGAUUAAAAUUGCUUGUUUUUAGGGGAAUUUGCUCGUUUAAAAGAGAGUGAUGGAGCCCGGUACUCAGCGACUGUUUGAGAGAGUGGCACAGAAACUGGGCUGGGAUAAACCUGGAGCUCUGGAUCGAGCUGCAGAGGAGUUGAGUAAGAGUUUAAAGAGCAGACAUGAUGCCGUGAUCAGCCCGGACACGGAGCCCACGCUAAGGAAAGAGUCGUCGUUUCUGUCUGACAGUGACGGCUCGGAAAAGGAGAAUCAGCACGGAAACAGAAACGUGCACUCGAACCAGGCACUGCUGGACUCCAGCGAUGAAGAUUUCGAUCGAAUUCUGGCUGCGAAGGCAACUCCCAAACCUCCCUGCAGACAAAUCUCAUCUGCCAAGAAAGCAAGGGAGCAGGUUCCCAUUAUAUCAUCAGACAGUGAUGAUGAGUUUGAGAAAUUCCUGAACCAGGUGAAAACACCAAAGGCUAAACCCAGGCCUCAGUCUGUGAGUGGCAGUGACGACAGCCUUAAACAGUUCAUAGUGGACGACCUCUCCUCCGACGACGACUUUGUCAUAGAGCAAAAGAAACCCCCGACUAAUAAAGCCAACCCGAAGACCCCCAAGCCGACCCCCAAGCCUGCCCCUAAGCUGGAGAAGCCGCCCCCUCCUCAGUUCAACUCCCCCGUGUUUCUCAGUGACUCGGACGACGACGGCGACAUCGUGAUCAAGAGCACGUGGAGGACCCGCCACAGUCGGCCGUCCUCACAGGAAAAGGACCCCCCACCUAAAGAAAAUAAACCCAAAACCACCCCGUACGUUCCAUCGCCCCUCACCACGGCUUCCGUUCACUCGCCCGCUCCGGCCUCGGCUCCCCCCACGCGAAGCAGGUGGCGCGAAGACACGGGCAGCUCGGACGAUGAGUUCCAGUCCUUACUCGACCGCAUCAGGAAGAACCAGAAGCUGGGGAGCAGCAGCACAAACGCUUCUCCACAACCUUCAGAGCCUAAAGUCGGAGCAGCUCGCGUGACUCCGUCCGUGAGGGUACAGAAGGAACGAGACGGACGGCCACUUAAAGGAUCCUACGUGAAUAAAACUCCAGCACAGCUCCCCGUGAGCAGGCCUGUCAGCCAGACUGAGCCGCGAGGAGGACCCAGCAGCAGAGUGGCGGGCUGUAAAACGCCGGGCUGUUUUCUGACGUCUCUGUCCGACCCCACCUCUGUGUACUGCCGAAGCUUUAAGCAGAACAAGGAGGAGCUCACCAGCAAACUGUACCGGCUUUAUAACAGCAGUGUGUUCGAGAGCAAGCUGCCUACUGACAUGUCCAUCAAAUGGAACACCAAAAUGAGGAAGACCGCAGGAUAUUGCAUCACCGGGCAGGAACGCGUCACUGGACAACGUUACGCUCGUAUCGAGUUGUCGGUGAAAGUCUGUGACUCCGCAGAUCGAUUACGGGACACGCUGGUUCAUGAAAUGUGCCACGCUGCCACCUGGCUGAUCAAUAACGUCCGAGACGGGCACGGACCCUUCUGGAAGAUCUACGCGCGUAAAGCCACGCUGGCUCACCCCGAGCUGCCCAUGGUUACCCGCUGCCACAGCUACGACAUCAAUUAUAAGUACCAGUACCAGUGCAACCGCUGUAAAAACAUGAUUGGACGCCACUCCAAGUCCCUGGACACGCAGAAGUUCGUGUGCGCGCUCUGCACAGGCCAGCUGGUCCUGCUCACCCCGUCCAAACCACGCGGCCCCACGCCGUUCGCCAACUUCGUGAAGGAGAACUACGGUACGGUACGACAGGAGCUGACGGGUCAGAGUCACGCCGACGUGAUGAGGAAGCUCAGCGCCGACUUUGCUAGUAAGACGCGCCUCAGUCAGAGCUGACGUCUGGGUGCUACCAGUCAGACUUUUGAUGGUAUAUCAUUCAUGGUCAGUCUUGCUGCUCCUGCGUACCUCAACACAAUCCAGACUUUAACUACCUGUUUGUUUGUUUUCUAAGAUAAUGUGAACUGACAUGUUGUUAAUGUGACUUGAAUUAUUUCGUCUGUCUUGUUUUAUCGUGUCCUUUCAAUGUGAUUUUAAUGUUUGUAUUUUCUUCUGUCCUGAGAUGUUUUUAUAAAUACUUUUUCCAUAUAUAAAUAAAGUAAAUCAAUCAAUAAUGCGUUUGGAGCCGCUCAGGUGGCGCAGCGGUAAAGUACGGUAGCGCACCAGCGUUGGGGUUUCGAAUACGUCGUAUCGAAUCUCGGCUCUGCCUUUCGACUGGGCUGGGCGGCAUGAACGACGAUUGGCUGUUGUUCAUAGGGGUAAAAAGUCGGAUCAUAGGUCCUAAUAACUGGUGCGACUGCGGCCCCUGCUGGCUGACUGAUGGCGCCUGCACAGGGCUGAGGAAAAAUGCUGAUGGGGGUGUGGCCCUCCGUACACAGGUGAGAAAUGCAGUCUGUACUGACUGUACGUGCCGGAGGGGGCGUAUGUCAGUUGAGAGGCGUCCUCAGUCAGCGGUGAAGGGUCGAAUCAGUAUAGAGGACGCAAUCAGGGUAACUGGACACGACUAGAUCGGGAUGAAAUUGUGGGAAAAAUAGAAAAUUAAAAAAUAAAUAAAUACUGUGUUUGGGUGGCCACUGUGGGCGACUCUGAUUAAAAUCCC